GGAUAAUAUUACCGUAUGCAUCGAUCACCGAAGCAAAAAUAGAGAAAUAAGUCAAAAUCACCCCUUCGACCACCAUAUCAAUGAUAUUUUUCAUUGCUAACCCCCAAUAUCACUCGAUCACAGAAAGAAAGGAGACCAAAAUACCACAGUCACUUUCCCCUCUUUCGCAUAUUAAAAAGCUGGCACUUUGUAGUAAUUGCCGUGACUCAUUACUUCUCUCAAGUUCCCAUGGCGAACAAGCUUGUUCUCCUCUUUCUACUGGGAAACCUAUGCAUCGCCACUCUUAUCAUCAAAAGAGCCACGGCCCCGUCACUGGGUGUUUUUCGUCAUACUUCGCAAUGCGUCGACAUUAAUCAGCAAGAAGAUCGAUGCACGUUUGUGUUGGAAAAUUGUAACGAUUUUAGUCGCCUUUACCUUCGAUUCUAUUAUUGCACGACGUUAUGGAAGCCGGUGGCCGCUGCCGUAUUGAGUAGUGGGCUUUUGCUUUUAUUCGGUGCUGUCAGCGUUGUUGCCUCGGAUUUUUUUUGCCCUAAUCUGCAAACCAUUUCGUCAAAACUCAGUCUUUCCGAAAGCAUGGCUGGCGUCACUUUACUAGCAUUUGGUAAUGGAAGUCCUGAUCUUUUCAGCACUUUUAGUGCCAUGAACACGGGCGCAGGUUCGCUGGCGAUUGGUGAAUUAAUCGGGGCCGCAUUUUUCAUUGUGGCCAUUGUUUCCGGGUGUAUGGGAAUUAUCCGUCCCUUCAAGUCCAAGCGCAUUACGUUUAUGCGGGAUGCAUCUUUCCUUACAGGAGCUAUUGUCAUCAUGACUUGGAUUGUCUACCAACAGCGCAUCCAUUGGUAUAAUGGCGUCACAUUGAUUGUUUAUUAUUUGGCCUAUGUGUCCGUAGUUGUCUUCAGUACAUACCCCUUUUCUAAGCCAAAUAUGGAAGAUAUUGAGCAAAAAUUGCCUACUGAAGUUGUCCCCAAUGAGACAUCGCAAUUGCUAGGAAAGCACACGACACGACCGCCUCGGUUAUCUAUUCCCAACGAUGGCUUCUCUUAUACCAAUACCGAAUACAGCCGCCACUUGGGUCACAUUAUCUUGCCGGUGUCUCCCAAAUCCACGUCGCCCCGGCCAUCCCUUCAUAUUGACACCAUCAAUGUUCCCCGGAGCACAAGCACUCACGGCUCCUUAUCUGCACGACCGCAGCGCCAUCCAAUGACGCCCCGCAUAGGCAUUCGAACUUCCUUAUUUAGUGCGAUUGAGUUCCAAGAACAGAUUAGCAGUAUCCGACGUGCAUCGAGCAGUAACCACUACAUGCAUCGUGAUGCAUGUCAACAACAACAAUAUCGACGACAACGGCAGCGAUCCAUGCCACAGCAAAUGUGGAAGCGGUCCUCGCAACUUGUGGCACCAGGCGUGCAGCGACGUCGGCCACGCGCUUUCACCACGAUCGAUCAAUUAAUUGCUGUCACACCGGAACACUGUCAAUCCGACAAUGCUCACGGCACCACAGGCGUAGCAGAAGAUUAUUUUACUUACCUUUCCUCGCAUCAACUGCCGGCGCGUAAAGGCCAAUUGGCGUUGCCCGGUAUCGAUGUGACCAUUCCUGAAAUUAUUCUAGCCCCACCGACGGCCAAUGAAAACGAAGUGCAACGAGUGUAUCAGCGGCAAGAACCCCAGCCGUCAUUUCUGCAUGAAUCACACCCUCUGCCGUCGCCUCAGUAUCUGGGUCAAACCUAUGCAUCCUCAAAUUCAGCUGCAAGUCAGUCACUGAGCAAGCCAUUUUACAGCGCCUCUUCCCUUAUUCCUCCCAGCACAAGCUUUGCCACCUCUGAUUAUGAUAUCUAUGUGUCAGCUCGACAGAGUCCGGAACACAGCCCAUCACCAUCCUUUCAGGACUGUCGCUACCUUUCACCGUUGACGCUAAAAUCCAUCUCUGCCGAAUGUUCGUCACUGUCGCAGCUUUCCGGUUCGGGCCAUUUUCUCAAAGAAGCGUACCAGAUCCUGUUUCCGACGUUAAGGCAUUGGAAAGAGAAAACUUUAUUUUCUCAGCUAAGCUCGUUGAUCGCCAUGCCGCUCGUGUUGCUGUUUACGUUGACACUUCCUGUGGCUGAAGCGGACGAUGUGAAAAUCGAUGGUGUGGAAGUGCUAGACGAUGACAGCUUAACACCCGUUCCCACUGCUGACAUGCCAGUGAUGAAAGGGUACUUGACGGUAUCGCCACCUCAGGAAGAAUACACAGAGUUGCCUGACACCGCUUUGGAUAUGGAGGAUGAAAAUGCGCAGCAAGGCUGGUGCCGGUGGUUACUGGCAACGCAGGCUAUAAUUAGCAUGACCUUUAUUUUUGUUGUCAUGGCCAUUCACGAAUUUAUUGAUGUGAAUCAUAUUGGUAUCGGCUUGGGAUUGGGCACGAUCCUGGCUGGCUUGGUGCUGGUUUUCACUAAAGCGGAAGAAUCUCCUUCCUGGUUUUGGAUGGUGUCCUUUGGUGGUUUCUUUGUUGCGCUGCACUGGAUCUUCCUGCUGGCGAAUGAAAUGGUGGGAUUACUGCAGGCGCUUGGUAUCAUUCUUGAAAUCAGCGACGCUAUCAUGGGCUUAACCGUCUUUGCUUUGGGUAACAGUAUUGGUGAUCUGGUAGCAAAUACCGCCAUCGCAAAGAUGGGAUUUCCAACAAUGGCAAUUUCUGCCUGCUAUGCCGGCCCGCUUCUCAAUAUGGUUUUGGGUGUGGGCAUCUCUUCGACCUACCAAACAUGGACCACUGGACAAAGCUAUACGUUGGAUAUCGCACCGACCAUUCUCGUGUCCUGCAGUGGGCUGAUUGUAGUUCUGAUUAGCACGCUGGUUGUAGUCAGUUCCAACAACUAUCACAUCAAUGGAUCUCUCGGAUGGUGGAUGAUAUUUGUCUAUUUCGUGUGUUGCACGAUCAACUUUGCCCUAGAAUUCAAUUUGUUUCAAUGUUGCACUUGAAAAAAUUCAAAGCCUUCUGGCUGUUUCUAUACCACCCUCUCUUUAUUUUUCCUUCC